GGAAGGUGCCGGUUAAAAGCUCGGGCUGAGUUGAGCUACGGACGUAACUAGCUAGCUACGCGAAACUGAAGGAAAACAAAGAUAUAUUUAUAUAAUUUAAACACAAUAUUUGUAUUAAUAAAGUUACUUUGACCUUUCUAUACAUUUGUACCGUAGGAGGAAAACGACGAAGGGAAACACCAAGACGUUUGGCUAGAUAGCUAACAAAGAAAAGCCUUUCUCAAAAGAAAUAAUUCCUCAUAAUUCCAUAGUUAUGAGUCAUGUGGCCGUCGAAAAUGCACACGGUCUAGAUCAGCAGCUUGCUGCCCUAGACUUGAACUCUGCAGCUGAGGGGCAGGGUGGAGGUGGUACUGGCAGGCGUUACAUUCCACCUCAUUUGCGGAACAAAGAGGCUUCCAAAAAUGGAAAUGCUUAUGCCUCUGGUAGACAGAGCGGUUAUUCAGUGGCACCAGUGAGGAGCUUUUCUCCCAAACAGUACCCUCAAACUUGGUAUCCAGAACGCAACCAUAGACACAGAUCUAACUAUACGAAAGGAUGGAAUGACUGUAGGACCGGUUACCCAAGCUGCGGUUCCCAGGAGCUUUCGUUUUAUCAGGCGUACAGGGGUGGCUGGCCUGACAGACGCGCCUCUCCCACCCACACAGACUGCAGUGUCACCACUGAUGCCAAUGACGACACAGCCAGUGUGCUCAGCUGGGCUGAUCGCUGCGAUUCUCCUGGAUGGGACGGGGGGCGGAGCAAUGGCUUUGUGAAUGGCUACCACGACGGCAGGGACAACCGGAUGAAUGGCGACCGCAGCUUCGGCGGACGGGGACCCUCUCGCUCAGACAGAGGUGGACGUGGUGGGUACCGUGGCAACAGAAGCGGCGGCUCCUUUAACCAGACCCAGCCGAUGCAGACUGCAGGAUUUGGUUAUGACAACAAAGAUGGUGGUGGAUGGAACUCUGGGAAGGACAACAGAGACGCCUACACUAGUUUUGGAGGGCGCUCUGACAGAGGGAAAUCUUCUUUCUUCAAUGACCGAGGCUCUGGGUCCAGAGGAAGGUAUGAGCGUCCCGGCUUCGGCACCCGAGAUGGCGGAGGAAACAGCCGCUGGGUGGAGGACUCCAGGGAUGAGGAGGACUGGUCCAAGCCGACGUCUCCCAACGAGCGCCUGGAGCAUGAGCUGUUCUCUGGAAGCAACACAGGGAUUAACUUUGAGAAGUACGAUGACAUUCCUGUGGAGGCCACCGGCUCCAGCUGCCCUCCCCAUAUUGAGAGCUUCCACGACGUGGACAUGGGAGAGAUUAUCAUGGGUAACAUCACCCUGAGCCGCUACACCAGACCCACUCCUGUUCAGAAGCACGCUAUUCCCAUCAUCAAGGCCAAGAGGGACCUGAUGGCCUGCGCUCAGACAGGCUCUGGAAAAACCGCAGCGUUCUUGCUCCCAGUACUGAGCCAGAUUUACUCUGAUGGUCCAGGAGAGGCCCUGCAGGCUGUGAAGGCCAGCAGCCAGGAAAAUGGAAAAUACGGACGCCGAAAGCAGUAUCCAAUCUCUUUGGUCCUGGCCCCUACCAGAGAGCUGGCUCUCCAGAUAUAUGAUGAAGCCAGAAAGUUUGCGUACCGCUCCAAAGUGCGCCCGUGUGUUGUGUACGGAGGGGCUGACAUUGGCCAGCAGAUCAGGGACCUGGAGAGAGGCUGUCACCUGCUGGUGGCCACGCCUGGCCGUCUGGUGGACAUGAUGGAGAGAGGGAAGAUCGGCUUGGACUACUGCAAUUACUUGGUACUGGAUGAGGCUGACAGAAUGCUGGACAUGGGCUUUGAGCCUCAGAUUCGCCGCAUCGUGGAGCAGGACACCAUGCCACCUAAGGGCCUCCGCCAGACCAUGAUGUUCAGUGCCACUUUCCCCAAGGAAAUCCAGAUCCUAGCCCGCGAUUUCCUGGAGGAGUACAUUUUCCUGGCUGUAGGCCGAGUUGGCUCCACUUCUGAAAACAUCACUCAGAAGGUGGUUUGGGUGGAAGAGAGUGACAAGCGGUCUUUCCUGCUGGAUCUGCUGAAUGCUACAGUCAUACCCAGUGAGGUUCAGGAAAAUUCCACUGAAAACCCAGAGAAACCCGGAAAAGACUCCCUCACCUUGGUGUUUGUGGAGACCAAGAAGGGGGCAGAUGCACUGGAGGACUUCCUCUACCGUGAAGGCUACGCCUGCACCAGUAUCCACGGCGACCGUUCCCAGAGAGAUCGUGAGGAAGCGCUCCACCAGUUCCGUUCUGGAAGGUGCCCGAUCUUGGUUGCCACAGCGGUGGCUGCCCGUGGACUUGACAUUUCCAAUGUGAAACAUGUCAUCAACUUUGACUUGCCCAGUGAUAUUGAGGAAUACGUCCAUCGUAUUGGUCGUACUGGUCGUGUUGGAAAUCUUGGUUUGGCUACAUCCUUCUUCAAUGACAAGAACAGCAACAUCACCAAGGACCUCCUGGACAUCUUGGUUGAGUCCAAGCAGGAGGUCCCGUCCUGGCUGGAGAGCCUGGCGUACGAGCACCAGCACAAGAGCAGCAACCGAGGGCGCUCCAAGAGGUUUUCUGGUGGGUUCGGAGCCAGAGAUUAUCGUCAGACCAGCAACAGCAGCAGUAGCUUCAGCAGCCGUGGGAAUCGCAGCACAGGAGGCCACGGGGGAAACCGAGGGUUUGGUGGUGGUAAGGGUGGAUUUGGAAACUUCGGCUACAGCAACGACGGCUAUGGGGGAAACUACUCCCAGGUCGACUGGUGGGGAAACUAAAAAAAUAACUAAAUAAAACUUCAAAAAAAAACAACAACCCACGCGCAGUGGAGGUCACCACGCCAAACUAGCUGAAUGGAAACCACAUGUAACCUAGCCAGACUAUACCCUGUGUAGCUUCAAGAACUCGCAGUACAUUACCAGCUGUGAUUCUCUGACUCCAUUCUGAAAGGGAGCCUGGAAACGGCGGCAGGCAGCCUGCAAGAGAACCAGAGUAUCGCAAAACAUUAGAUGAGCCUGAACAUGGCUGCUGAUAUAAUCGCCCGACAGAAUCUUGGACUCUAGUUUUCCACUGCACCUCAUUUCUUUCUUUGUAAAUCUGAGGAUCAUUUGUUUGUUAAUGUACUGUGCCUUUCAAUUUAGACAGGAAUUUUUAUUUUUGAAAUGUCAUAACUGGCCAGACUUGGCCAAAAGCUCAAUUGUUUUUUUGUUUUUUUUUUGUAAGGCAUAAAAAAGCUUACUGUACUAAAUCAAACCUUGGCAAACACUGGGAUGAUAUGACUUGAGUGAGUCAUUAUUUCCAUUUGAAAUUCAAAUUGUCACAGGGACAUCAGGUAGCCUGCAAUACAGGCUAGCGCACAGGUUUGGGAUCCAUCACAGAAGCAUUUGAAUUAAAGGUGUUGAUUCCUUGUGUGGCAAUUGUAUUUUAAGGGACACAGAGUUCGAACUUUUUUGCUCACUCUAUCCUGGAUAGGCUCCUAUUAGGGAUAUGGUAGUCUUGAAAAAGCCAUUCCAGUUGUGAUCGUAAUACUCACAAAAGUAAUGAAACGCUUGUGUCUUAACGCUUGUUCAGGCACACAAUGCUGGAAUUUGUUACUCCACUUCAUGGAAUUGACUUGACAGUUCAGGCAGCUAGAUAAAGUACCACGAGCUAGCCAUUAAGUGGGGGACGGCGUUUUUUUCCGUUAAUUUCUUCUUACUUGAAACAUUUUAGGGGGAAAUUGAAAAACGUGUUUGCGUUUUUCCAUGAAAUGUUUCUCAUACUUAACAGAAAGCUAUAUUGAAAAAAAACGACACAAAAGCCUGCCGUAUCUGAAAGUUCUGAAUGGCUACACAUGGACCACGAAUGCCGAAGCGGCCCUGCAGAACGUUAUGGCCAAUUCGAAAUUAUACGCAUGCUAGUGUUGUUGUUUUUUGGUCAAGGCGCGAAAACCGAUGAAUUCUGCAGCAGGCUUUACUUUAUUACCAACACGUAUACAUUUUUCUCUUUUCAAGCUGCGUUAAAAAAAUUCCGAAAUGACAUCGUUCGGCUUACUUGGAGGAGGCAUGGCUCCUUUAUUCAAAGACUAGAGCAGGUGGGGAGGGAUUGCAGAGGUCAGUAAUGUACAGGGAAAACUGCACAGGGUGUCAGUGAGGGCAGUCGCAAGUGCAGUUGGAUGCACCACCAUUUUAGUUGCGUAGGUUUCCAUUGCAUACUGGCUGUGUAUUCCACUUAAACAGGCCAAAGAAGGGGUUUUCCCUCCACAUGGUAACAUCAAUGCUGGCGUCUCCUCUGGGAGCUAACUAGUUUUGAUGUGCAUUUAAAAUUGUUGGCCAGGGAGCCAAUAUCAGCUUCCUUUAAGAAGGUUGCUGAGUGGAGGGGUAAGAAAUGGCAUUUAACUUUAAGUGCAAUAGAUUUAUGCUCAAGUGUGUUGUGCCUUGAAACUUUUUCAACAAAUUAAAGAAUUGAAGCGGAUGCACUGACAGUAUUGAGGUAACUUAAGAUGACUGGUGCUAUUUAAGUUAGGUCUAGGCCCUUGUAUGUUGUACCCAUCAAGUUUUACAAAGUUAUUUUAUUGCACAUCUAGAGUUUUAUAUAAAUGUCUUGAGUGCGUGUCCUUAAGCUUCCAAAUAUUGUGUGUGGAGAUUGUUAAACGCAGCUUGUUUACAAAAGGGGAAGGGCUCUUGAUAUUUAACCAGGAUUUAUUUGGGACCAGGGGGAUUAGCAGUUGGGAAUUUAGCUAUUUGCACACAGAUUUCUAGAUUCUACUUUUGCUGCUAGUUGUGUAAUUUAUUAAGCAUUUUUUGAAAAAUAUUUAUUUUUAUAAGCCUAAAAGUGAUUCUUUGAACGUUUCAAGAAACUUGACCAAAAGACAGUACAAAAACACUGGCACUUGAAUGUUGAAUGUCACCCGUAUGCGUGAAAUUUAUAUAUUUCGGGGUAGUGUGAGCUUUUUAAUGUUAAAGUCAUAUUGGACUCAGUCAAAAUCCACACCUGUUACUGGCCUUGUGGCUAAAUGUUUCUAUAGACUGUAGACUAUUUAAUUGGCUGUCAAAAUUGAAGAAAAAAAAAAAA